AUGGGAGAAUCAAUUGAAACAAUCUCUGAUAGUCUCAGUAGGGCUUUUCAAGAGGAGAAAGAUGAUCCUGUCUCUUUGGUAACAAUAAUUGAUACGUAUGAUGAGCAGGUCAACGCAAAAAACUCCGUAAAAGAAAAGAGUCAUUAUUUGGAAGUCCUGUUAAAAUUGCUCAGAGAAAAUCCAGAUACCGUAAAAGAGAUCGCUUGGGAUUUGCCUAAGGGCUUAUUGGAGUUUAUCUCAAGCAAAAAUAUCGAUGUCAAGAAGCAUUUAGCUCUAAGUCCCAUUUUUUCUGGUGUAAUGAAUUGCUUUAGUGAGCUAGGUAUAAAUGGGAAUCCCAAGGAAUGCCUCUUAACCGCUUGUGAAUUAGUAUCAGGCCUUAGUAUAGAUUUGACUGGAACUGACGGUUCUGAUGAAGAUUUUCUUGAUCCUGCCAGUGAUGAAGCAACAAAUAAUGAUAAAGGAGUAUCAGAUAUUUGUCCGGAGAUUGAAAAUUGUGUGGGCAGAAAAAUUGUAGAUUUCAUCCCCAAUUUGAAAGUUUAUGUUCUCUUCGACUUUAUGGGUUCGGUUCUGAGGCGUGUCGAUACUUUAUACCCGUCUAAAUUUCUGGCCAUGGCAAUUUCUGCAAUUGUCAAGUAUAUAAGAAGUAACGUCGAAGAUAUGGAUGAUAUACACUUCAUUUUGCGCAGGGUUUACGAUUUUUGUACAACUUAUGUCCCACAACAGCCAUCAGAUAAACUCACCGAUGAUAUUGAUGGAUGCGAUCUUGAAAAAAUCCUAGAAGAUGAGUUGGUUUUGCAGAAAAAGCUCCUUGCUAAGCUAGCUGUAUUUUCGAUUGGUUACGGUCUUAAGAACAAGCCAGGUAAUAUUGACAGAAUGUACUUCGAUGGGUUGAUGCAUAAGAAAAUGGAUGAAAAUGAGGCUAAUGCUUCUCUUCUAAAUAUAUGCCAUCAAUACUACGAAUAUGUUACUUCAUUGGACGUUGAUAUAAAAGACUGUUUUGAGGAAUGUUUAGAGGAAUCUAAACAUAUCUAUGAUUGUGUUCGUUUAGAUUCCAAAGCUUCAACUGUCAAACUUCAAGAGGAAAUUAAUCAACUAAUAUAUGAGGUAUCCUAUGCAUACCAAAUCAAGGAGCUUGCCGAAGAAAAAAAUAUAAAGCUCGAUCAAUAUGGGAUAGUAAUCUUAUCGGCAAUACACUAUUCCAAAAGUGGCAUACAUUUGUUGUCAGAACUUAACGUCCAAAAUGCAAUUUAUCUGUACAUCCGAUGUACAACCGCUUCAUUGUUUUCAGAAAUCUACGACAAUAAGUUUCUGGAAAGCACCGUGCGAUAUUGGCUAUGGGUAUCCAUAACUAAGACUUCCACGCAAAAAAUAAAAAGUAAUCUGCAGGAACUCCCAGGACACAUUACUACUGCUUUUUUACAAAUGUUACUGAUGAAAACUUGCAAUGAACCAAACAACGACACGAAGUUAAUGGAAUUCACGCUUCUGAGAAGGGUCUUAUGUCUAAUGCCUGAGAACACAUCAUAUACGUUUAUUUUUGAAACGCUGCUAAAUUGUCCAUAUAUAACGGUUAAAAUUGCUGUUCUUGACAUCUUAAGGGACAUGAUGAUUAAAUCUCCGGAGGCUUCCGGUAGCAGCGAAGCAGCUUCUUCGCCUGAACAACGUGAAUCCAUGAAUACUGCUGAUAGUGCACAGAUGCCGCCAAAACUCCCCCCCAGACCUUACAUAUCCAUUAAUGAAGAUCGCAUGGCUUCCAUUCAUAGCAUUGCUAAGAUAUGUUUUUCCGUUAUCAAGCAAAAGAAGAGAACACAAGGUGAUCUACUUUUGGUGUUAACAUACAUGAAAUUUUUUGUGAGUUUGAGAAACAAAUGGGAUUUGGGGCUGUUAAUAGCUAUUAAUAAAGAGAUCGCCGAGACUUUCCAAGAAGAGGGUGAACCUGAAUUGGCAUUCAUUAAUAUUGCCAACAAUACUUUGAGUGCGUAUAUAGAAGAAGCUAGCAUACGCUCAUAG